AAAGAAAGCAAAAAAAAUGAAGUCACUCAUUUAAACAAAAAAUGCGGGCAAAAAUGCGUAGUCCAUAUUUAGUUUUUGCUGUCCUCGCAUCUUGCACCCACUAGCGUGGAGCAAGGUCCAAGCCGGAGAGAAUCAAAAACAUCGUCGGGUCAUAGCAACAUAAAUAGUUAACAGCCUCUCCAGCAGCCCAACUUGUCCUUAUCACUCCCUUUCUUCUUUCUCUCUUUUCCUUUUCUGUUCUUCAUUGCUACGCUAUGCAGGUUUUCAGACGUGGAACCGCUUCUGCGCUGCGGAAUACUGUGCUUUGCCAGCGCCGUAGUCUUAUCACCUCAACUGCCGGCUAUGCUUCCACAGUCGACAACCUACGGAUCAAUAGCGAUACGAAAGUCAUCUACCAAGGAUUUACUGGAAAGCAGGGAACAUUCCACGCCCAACAAGCCAUUGAAUAUGGAACCAAUAUCGUUGGCGGAACAAAUCCUAAAAAGGCCGGAGAGACGCAUCUUGGAAAGCCAGUGUUCGCCACGGUGAGGGAUGCUGUGAAGGAAACUGGCGCAACUGCAUCCGCCAUCUUUGUCCCUCCCCCAGUAGCUGCCAAAAGUAUCGAAGAAGCAAUUGAAUCCGAAGUUCCUCUCGUUGUCUGCAUCACAGAGGGUAUUCCACAGCAUGACAUGGUCCGCAUCACCGAUAUCCUAAAAACGCAAAACAAGACCAGAUUGGUUGGUCCGAAUUGCCCUGGCAUAAUCGCCCCAGGCCAAUGCAAAAUCGGCAUCAUGCCAGGCUUCAUCCACAAGCGCGGACGCAUCGGUAUCGUCUCCCGCUCCGGCACUCUGACCUACGAAGCCGUCAACCAGACCACGCAAGCGGGUCUCGGCCAGUCCCUCGUCGUUGGAAUCGGCGGUGAUCCCUUCUCCGGCACUAACUUCAUCGACUGCCUCAAAGUCUUCCUCAAGGACGAUGAAACGGACGGUAUCAUCAUGAUCGGCGAAAUCGGAGGCAGCGCCGAAGAAGAGGCGGCAGAGUUCUUCAAGCAAGAGAAUGUAGGGAAUAAGCCUGCUGUUGGUUUUAUUGCUGGCAUCAGUGCGCCCCCUGGACGACGGAUGGGACAUGCUGGUGCCAUCGUAAGUGGGGGCAAAGGUGGCGCGGACUCCAAGAUAUCUGCACUUGAGGCUGCCGGCGUGAUUGUGGAGCGUAGUCCGGCUGCGUUGGGUAAGACGCUUCUUGCAGAGUUUGUGAGGAGAGAUCUUGUAUAAAAGCUCAUAUAAAAUCUACACCGCUUCGGUGCGCUCAGCCUUUGCAACAUUUUUUCUUGUCUUUUUAUUCUAUUAAUACCUCUCCAUUUAAUUUGUGUGAUUAUAUCAUAGUUCCUUUAAUUUUUUUCCCUCUUUUUUUGCUCUUUUCUUUUUUCGGUUUUUUGCCUUUGAUCUCCACAUUUUCCCAUUGCAUCCCCUGAUCUCAGUUUCUGGCUUUUAAGCCUUUUGCUCCAAGCUCCUAUUUAUCCAGCCUCCCCCGCUCAUUUGUGACCAAGGCCAAGCCAAAGAAAGUGGUCGUCGGCCUGCCUCGCUGUCAUGACACGGAAACUUCAUUCCAUUUUGGAGCAUACAGUUAUAUAGACGAUAUAUGGCUAUCCCACCUCCACCUUUUCCUCCGCGUUUGUAGGCCAUCCAGUGAGCUUUUACGAUCUCUCCACAUAGUACACCUCUACAUUCGUGCAUCUGUUAGCCUCUGAACUUCCAAGCCUGCGCAGACUAGAGCCAUUCCAGAUGAAUUAAACACGUUACAGGAGAUUACAUUUCUAUUAAUAUGCAGCUAUCGAUCUUACAGGUGGUAUCUUCUUACGGCGGCCUACCUUUCUCGUCAAUGAAAACUGUCCUAGCGGCAUGGUGGGGAAUUCCGCAGUCACACCCAACUUUGAUAAAGACAUCCCCGCUGCUUUAAAUAUGGAAUAGCCUAGUAAGUGAUGGGAGGUAGUGAGGGCGCUUGGCCCGGUUACGUGUAUUUAUUCAUCUGUUGAUGUCAUACUGAAGUUCGUUCUAUCCUCACCGCCGCCCAACUCCCGUAUCAAUUUAGCAGGGGAGAAUACCUCUGGAAACGAACAAGAUGAAGACACACGGCGUCUUGUACUAAAUUGAUUUGAUUGUACAGUACAAGUGCUCAGGAUCACUAUGCAGUGUAGGUCUCUAAGCCCAGUGUGCAAAAUGUUACUGAAAAGCAGCAAUUGUCUCUAGUGGGGGUUUGGAUUUGAUGAUCAAGGUAAGAAAGAUGUGUAUUUGGUGAUAAUAGAAUGAUAUAAAUGUUAUUCGAAUGAUUGAUUCUAGAGAAACAUGGAUAUUUUGGCUAUUUUGGCAGUAUUCUUGCAAUAAUGUUUUCGCAAGCAAUAUGUCCACCACAAAUUUGUUUUCGCAAGCAAUACGUCCGCAAUCUGGGUUUGCGACUGGAGAAUCUAACACACACAGACUCAUUCAAACGUGUCUCAGUGCCCCUUCCUUUAAAGCAAACUGUUCUGCCGCUAUCAAGCGAGCAGUUGUCUUCGCUGACCGACAGCUGGUGAAGGAAUUGGUUGUGAUAUUGCUUCAUGCUGGUUUGAUCCAAAUUACCAGGGACUGUCUCGGAGUCGAGACUAUGCUGAUUAUGGGUACUCUGAAGUUAUUCAGCUGCUUCUUAAAGCUGGCUCUGAUACCUCUCUGAGAGAUAUAACUGAUAUAACUGCUUUUGAUGCUGUUAAAGAUGCUUUUUCAGAGUGUAGCAGACCGUUGCAGGCUACUGCCGAAGGGAAGACCGUGACGUGGGAUGAUUGCACCCUAUAAUAGUUCCUAGAAAAUUGAAGAACAUUAGGUUUUAGUGUUUUGACCAGAAGUUCUCGUCCUUCUGAUGCGGCCCAGGGCAUAAUGUUUUCUUUCCAUAUUUAUCUUCGUUAGUUGUCCUUGUCUCUUACACUGUUCCUUUUCUGAAUAUACAUGCAUCUCCUUUGCCAAGGCGCUCA